ACAUAUACAGAUAUUUGAACGGUCGGAAGAAAAAUUACAUGGAUUAUUUUCCAUUCGCACCUGGUCCCAGAGUGUACCGGAAGUGACCUUCUCCGUCGGCGAGGCGUGGUUUCAGCUUGGCUUUCACUGUCAGUGGAGGGGUUGACACGUGAGGAUCUUCUACUCUUUCUCCCCCAUAUUCCUCACCAUGGUCGGUUUCCGCAGUUUCUGGAGUGUGAAGUUUGCGUCCCGCCUUAUAAAGGAAUCUGUAUCAAUCCCGAAAACCCGAAGUGGAUACCACUCUGUGCCAAACAUCCUCUAUGGAAAAUGGAACCAGUUACCCAAGAAAGUUCAAGCAUACGUGGACCACAACAUGCGACUAUGUCAACCGUCCUCCGUCCACAUCUGUGACGGGUCUGAAGGGGAGAAUAACCUCCUGCUCUACCUCCUCCAGAAAGAUGGCAUGAUCAAACCCCUGCCAAAGAUGGACAACUGUUGGCUGGCCAGAACUGACCCUGCUGAUGUUGCCAGAGUGGAGAAAUUGACAUUCAUGUCCACGGAAAAUGAGCGUGACACAAUUCCGGUCCGUAAAGCAGGCAUAUCUGGCACACUUGGAAACUGGAUCAGUCCGGAUAACCUGGAAAAGGAGAUGGACCUGAGGUUUCCCGGCUGCAUGAGUGGAAGGACCAUGUAUGUGAUACCCUUCAGUAUGGGGCCUAUCGGUUCACCUCUGUCCAAGAUCGGAGUACAGCUUACAGACUCGGCAUACGUUGUGGCCAGCAUGAGGAUCAUGACACGUAUGGGUGCCAAGGUCCUAGAUACGCUGGGUGACUCCGACUUUGUUAAGGCACUUCACUCUGUGGGCAGGCCUCUCCCUCUCACGGAGCCCCUGAAAAACAACUGGCCAUGCGAUCCUCAGAAUACCAUUAUCGCUCACUUGCCGGCCAGGAACGAGAUCUGCUCUUUUGGCAGUGGAUACGGUGGAAACUCGCUCCUCGGCAAAAAAUGUUUCGCUCUGCGUCUUGGAUCCAUACUCGCCAAAAGAGAGGGAUGGUUAGCUGAACACAUGUUGAUCCUGGGAAUUGAGAACCCUAAGGGUGAGAAGAAAUACAUCGCUGCCGCAUUCCCAAGUGCCUGUGGCAAAACCAACCUUGCUAUGAUGAACCCGUCCCUCCCAGGCUACAAAAUCACCUGUGUCGGCGACGAUAUCGCCUGGAUGAGAUUCGACAAAGAUGGCCGCCUCAGAGCAAUUAACCCAGAGGCCGGAUUCUUUGGAGUGGCUCCAGGAACUUCAAUGAAAACCAAUCCCAACGCCAUGGAGACGGUUAAGAGUAAUACUGUGUUUACAAACGUGGCGGAAACCUCAGAUGGCAGUGUAUUCUGGGAAGGCAUGGAGAAUGAGACGAAAGAUACAUCUGUCACCUCCUGGCUUAAUGUUGAGGACUGGACACCUAAGGACGGCGGACAUGCAGCUCAUCCCAACUCUCGGUUCUGUACACCAGCUGCCCAGUGUCCAAUCAUGGACCCAGCCUGGGAGAGUCCCGAGGGAGUCCCUAUUGAUGCUAUAAUCUUUGGAGGAAGACGCCCUGAAGGUGUGCCACUGGUGUAUGAAGCCUUGAACUGGCAGCAUGGCGUCUACAUUGGUGCUUCCAUGAGGUCAGAGGCUACGGCUGCUGCUGAACACCAGAGCAAAGUCAUCAUGCAUGACCCGUUCGCCAUGCGUCCGUUCUUUGGGUACAACUUUGGCCACUACCUACAGCACUGGCUGAGUUUCCAGGAAAAGCCCGGCCUUCAUCUGCCCAAGAUCUACCACGUCAACUGGUUCAGGAAGAAUAAUGAAGGCAAAUUCAUCUGGCCAGGAUUCGGGGAAAACGCACGUGUGUUGGACUGGAUCUUCCGUCGUAUCGACGGAGAAGACUGUGCCAAGAUGUCCGCCGUAGGAUACAUACCGAAAAAGGGUUCUAUUAAUAUGGAAGGUUUGACUGAAAAAGUGGACAUGAAGGAAUUGUUUCGUCUACCGAAGGAAAGCUGGUUACAAGAAGUGGUGGACGUUGCAAAAUACUUUGAUGAGCAAGUUCAUGAGGACCUUCCACCAGCCAUUACAACGGAGCUACAGAAUCUAGAAAAGCGAGUGAAUAGCAUGUUGUAAACUUCCUGUCCAUCUACAACAAAGUCCUGUACUUUACUAUGCACUCCGUUAACAUAGAUCAUCUCAAGACAUUGUGGUUUCUAGUACUUAGAAUGUGUGUGAACUUUUAAAUGAAAUUGGGCUGACUUACACAAAGGUUAAAACAAAGUCAUCAAAAUGGAGAGUUUCAUUUUUGAAGAUUUGGUGACAGACACGAGCAGCUGUUAUUAUUGUAUAGAUGUUCAAAGUCAUUUAUCACAUCAGGACAAUCAUCUCACGUACUGAUUUCGUUUUAUACCACUCCGAUGGUGUAAGAGUACUCAGGGCAUUGCAGUAUACAUGGGGACGUAAUGUAUAGGGUGUCGUAUUUAUUAUACAGGGUGUCGUAUUAUACAGGGUGUCCUAUUAUACAGGGUGUCAAAUUGAGGUGAUGGAGUAGAUUAAUUUAGACUCCUGUGGAGUUGAUCGCAAUUUGAGGGAAGUAUAGAACCGGUACAAUAUUGAUACACGUGGAUCAGUUAUAUUAUGACAGUAGAAUUUUCCUGUCCUCCAAAGCCUAAUUAGAUUGUAAUCAUAUUCAGUUUGGUAUAUUUACAUUGUGGCCAGUGCCUUAAAUGGUAUUGAUAGUUCAAUCCAGUUUUAUAUUUUAUUGUAAUUUUAGAGAGAAUAUAUUUCAUUUAAUUUUCGGUGAGGGACUUGUAUCGAAUAGCUUUUUAUACUGGAUGAGUUUUAACUAGUAAAUUUUCAUGAAUAGUUUUGAAAACGUAUAUGAUUCAAGUAAUUACAUUUCAGUACAUUAUGAAAUCAGUGUAAUUAUAUUGUUGUUCAAUUCAAAAAUGCAUGAAUCUUAAGAAAUAAUAAAUGCUGUAAAUAUUAAUUCAAUUAUAUGUCCGAAUAUAAUUAAGAGUUUGUUUUAAGCAUCUGUUCAUUUUCAUACCAAGGGAGGUAACACCCUGCAUACUGAUGCCAACUUUCACCAUUCAAAGAGAAAUCUCAUUCAUUUUAAAGUCUUGUCAUAGUUGUGUUUACAAUAAUAGGACCAAUAUAUGAACAGAUUUAAGUGCACCAUUUGUGUUUUCAAUGAAAUUCAUUUUUCCAACCUUUUGCAUCUUAUUCAGAAAACAUAUUCAUAUUUUCAAUUUUUUUCUUAUCUGGAAUUAAAACGAUUCAAUCAACAAAACCAGUUUUUUUAAGGAAAAUAUUUCAAAAGGCAUCCAAGAAAAAAGUUAAAACAAAUAUUUUUGAGGUAAUUACAGAACUUUUUUACUGUACAAAAAUCAGGAUAUAUUUUUGAAUGUUGAUAUGCAUAUAUUUCCUACUUGAAAUUAUAUUCUUGCAACAAUAUGUAUUCAUCAUUUCUAAUUGACAUUCAUUAAUUCAUAUUCGUAUUUUAAGAGAGAGGAAAAUAUUGUAUGAUAUUUGAGAAGAGGUUUAAGAGGUAUGGAAAAAUGUGUGAAUUCCUGUAAAUAUUUUUGUUUUGAAGUACAUGAUGUUUAUUCAUCGUACAUAACGGAGAUACACAUGUUUUUGUUGGGAAUUUGUUAAUAUUUUUAAGAUGUGAUAUUUUAUUUUGUAAUUAUUUUAUAUACAAGUAUAUUUUAAUGUUCCUAAUUCUAUCAAAUCAUUUCGUACAUCUUCAUUUUUUCAUUCUUGUUUACUGAAAUCAAAUCAGAAUAUUUGAUAAUUCAAAAUUUUCGUAACAUUUGAAUAAAUUAUUCUUUCAUCUCCAUGGAAUUUAUAUUAAAAACAGAAAGAUUUUUUUUACUUCUAACUUGCGACUUAUUUUUUAUAUCUUAUCAAGUGUCUUGUAAACAUUCCAGUCACUUAGCUGACUAAAUCCAUGUUUGAAAGGAAAUUUUGUUACUAAUUUAUAAUCAUCAGAUUUGUUGUUUUAAUUUUAUUUCGCUAUUAUUCAGGGUCUUAGUCUGUAAUAUUUCAUUGAUUUUUCAGACUUAUUCGUAUAAUAUAAUUUUUUAAUUAUUAUUGUUAAUUAUUGUU